GUAGCCUGGGCUGUUUUGAAUUCCGUCCCGCUUUUCGAACUUUACGUGGCGCCUCGUCGGUAAAAUGUCGCAUUUUUCCUCCAGGAACGUAUAACAAGUGAACCGGGAUCAUGGACUCAUUCGCGGGGGACGACGUGACGCUCCCCGUUGAUAUCAACGGAAGCUGCAGACUGCCAGACUCCAUAAAUGCUGGAGAUUAUUCUACAGACAGCAUGACAGCGCCGUCCUUUCCUGAAAAGAUGUCGCCUAUCAAAGCUCUCACCAUGAAGGACUAUGAGAAUCAAAUCACAGCUCUGAAGAAAGAGAACUUUAACCUGAAGCUGCGCAUUUACUUCAUGGAGGAGCGCAUGCAGCAGAAAUGUGACGACUCCACCGAGGACAUAUUUAAAACGAACAUUGAGCUGAAGGUGGAGUUGGAGUCUAUGAAGAGGGACCUGGCAGAGAAACAAGAACUGCUGGUGUCUGCAUCGAAAGCGUUGGAAAGUCUGGCUGGUCGAGAAUCAGGAGAAUCCCAGCGUUCGAGAGAAAAAGCUCAGAGAGAGAUGGAUGCGGUCCGAGAUGCAUUUAACAAGAGGAUAGCUGACUUAGAACAGUGUCUGCAAACAGCUCAGGAAGAGGUUGGGGAUAUGGCAGCCAUUGCUGAGCAGCAGAAGUGCAAGAACAUUAACAUGGAGAAGCAGCUCCAAGCCCUGGGUCUACCAAGCAGCUUCACCCCUAUCGCAGUCCCCAGUGCAAUCCACGACCUGCAGCAGGCCCUGCAGGAAAAAGACAACAUUAUCGAGCAACUCAAGAUUACUGUAAAGAACCAAGAGGCUUGGAUCAAUCAUAAGAAAAGUUCGUACCAACAGAUGGAGAAACCAUCAUCUGAUCAUCUUAAACAGUUGUCUGAGCUCAUUUCCAAGAAAGACCAGGAACUGGAGGCAUUGAGGGACGAGCUACAUAACAAGGAGGACAGAGGCCAACCUGACCCCCAGAGUGACGUUAGCCGAUUGGAGUCUGUCAAUAAACACCUGACUGAAGAGCUCACACAGACAAAAAGCACCAACGAGAACCUGACAAAAAUACUGGAUGAAAUCCAAACUCAGUACAAGAGCCUGUCAGGGAACUUGGAGCAGAAAGAGAUUGAACUCAGCUUGGAGGAGAAAAAUUCUCUGAAGCGAGACAAAACAAUCCAGGGGUUGACUCUGGUCCUCAGAGAAAAGGAAAAAGAGAUUGCAGAGCUCUGUCAUGAGAUCGAGGACAGGGAUGACGCUCUAUCCAAGGCUAGAGAAGCAGCACAUAAAGCUCAACUUCAGAAAUACCAGGGAGCAGAGGAACACCAAAACCUAUUAAUGUCAAAACAAACAGAGCUGUCCCAUCUCCAGGGGGAACACCAUGUCAAAGUGCUUGAAGCACAAAAGCUACAGCGUGCCCUGGACAGAAAGGAGCAAGAGCUGGCUGACUUGCAGCAGGCAAAGGACCAACUGGAGGUAGAAUUGGAGGACCUGCAACAGCAUAAGAAGAAAGGAGACAAAGCCCUGAAUGAUCUCAACAAUCAGCUGAAGAAGCUAAGCGGUGAGAUUGGGGAGAGGGAGAGUGCUCUGGAGCAGCAGUACGAGGAGCUGCUGGAUCAAACCAAUAGAAAAGUGCAGGCCCAUGAGGUCACCAUCCAGCGGCUGACAUCCACCCUGACUGAUAAAGAGCAACAGCUACAGGAGUACAUAAAUAUGUUCAGAGAUUUUGAGCAAAGCAAAAGCCCAGGAGGAAACGACAAUGUGCUUUCCAAGCUGCGGCAGAGACUGAAAGAAAAGGAGAAGGCUCUGGAGCAAGCGCUGGAUGAGAAGUUUGCUGCCAUUGAAGAGAAAGACAAUGAGAUUCACCAGCUGCAGCUGUCUCUAAGGGAGAAGGAAAGAGACCUGGACAGGCUAAAUAACUUGCUAUCUCACAACGAGGAAACAAUCAAUAGUUUCGAUAGUCUGAUUAAAGAGAAGGAUGUGGAGCUGCAGCAUCUUGUAAAUACACUCAAGAACCUUCAGAGAGCUAAGCAAGAUGUAGAAGAUAACCUGAACAGGUCACUGAGGGAGAAGGACUCCAUCAUCAGCCAGCUACAGCUCUCCCUGGAGGGCAAGACAAAGGACAUGGAGGAAAUGGCCAAAUCUGUGCUAAGCCAGUCACAAACGAAUGCACAUGACCUUGCUGAACAGAUGGGCCAGAGGUUAAAAGUCACAGAGGUUAUGUUGGCUGAGGCUGUUAAAGCCAGGGAAAGGCUGGUUGCAGACAAUGAGAGCGCCGUGGAAGGUCUGUUGGCUACAAUCAGCAGCAAGGACCAACUUCUCAAGGAGUCAGCUGAACACUACAACCGCAUGUUGUCUGAGCGUAACCAAGACAUUCAGCAACUGAAGAGGCAGCUUUCCGACAGGCAGCAGGAGCUUGCCACUGCUGACAAGCAAAGCUCUGUUAGAGCCCAGGAGGAUUGUUUAGAGACUGCAAACCUCCGAGUACUGCUUGCUGAAAAAGACAGCCACAUCAACAUACUUCUGCAGCAUGGUCGGGAGAGAGACCAGUUUCAGGCAGAGCCGGAUCGUGUGUUGGAGCUCAGACAAACUAUCCAAUUCAUGCAGGAGAAGUUGGAAGAGAGGGAUGCUGAGCUGUAUAGAAGGAACGGUGAGGAUAAUGUGGAAAACGUUCCAUUCUCCAAGAAGACCGUCGUCAUCCUGAAGACAGAGCUAGCACAGAAAACCGAGGCACUGAACAAAGCCCUGAAGAGGGAGAAUGAACUGAAGAUCUCAUUGGCGGAGCUACAGUCUUUACUGUCUGAGCUGGAGGGUCGCAGUGAAGGUCAGACUGCUAGUAUUGACUCGCUGACUUCCACUCUGAAGACCAAGGAUGAGAUUAUCAAUGAUCUUCACCAGCGCCUUGGGCAGAGGGGGGACAGUCGGGGUGAUCAUAUGCAUAAUCAGGUUAUUGGCUCUGGCGUGGAGAGAUCAUUCCCUGGACUCCCACAAAGAGAAAGAACUUUGAUCGGCGGAGACAGCCAGCAGGAGGCUUUGCCCAACCUUGUAGCCCUGCAACAGGAACAUGAUGCUCUGAACAAAGCCCUGAGAGCUGAACAACAGCUCUACUCCAGCCUGGUCAGGACUGUAAAAGAGCAGGACAGUGCCCAGCGUUUCCACGCCCUGCAGCUGGAACUGACGGCAGUGCAGCUCCUCAGGCAGCAGCUAGAGGAGAACAUCAAAACUAAUGAGGAGCUCAGGGAUGACUUGGAGAGAGAGAUACACAGAGCCAAACUCGGAGAAGGCUUGGACCUCACUGAUCCUAAAGAAGUCGAGCGCAUGAGACAUCAGCUCGAAGACGCACAGCGCUGGAAUGCCUCUCUGCAGGCUCGCUUAGGAGCCAUCCAGAACCGUGGAGGGGGCGUCGGUGGGGCCAAUGAUGGCGGCGACACUUUGAGUUUCAUUGGCGAUCAGACUUCCUACAUGAGUAUAUGUGUGGGGGAGGGGCAGGAUGACAGCUUGUGUCAACUCUCUCCACAAGAGCUAAAGCAGAAGGUGGUGGGCCUGCAGGAUUGUGUAAGCAGACUUCAGACUGUAAACAACGACUUGCACAGCCGACUGUCGCUGUUGGAUAAGUCAGAGCAUGAUGCCUCCAACAAGGGGGGAACAGACGUGGUCAGCCCCUGGAAUCAGCAGCUAAAGAAGACGCACAGUGACAGGAAGCAUCACCCUGGUAAUGACAAAGAGAGCCAGACAGACAUCAAACUAGGACAGAUGGUGUCUGGAAAACAAUUUGGUAAUGUGAGUAUGGACAGUGGCCUCGGCCAGAGUAGAGAACAUCCUCAGUCUGGCAACAACACUUUGGACCCUGGAGAGAGAGAACAGAAGAAAGGAGAUGUAAUGGCACUAAAAUCCCUGCUGACUGAUUGUGGGGCUACAUCAGUCUCACACCUCAGAGAGAAGCUGCUCAGACUGACAUCAGAAAAUGUGGCGCUGCGGGGUCUACUGAAGGAACAAAAAUCUGCAGAGUGUAAAGAAAAAGAGAGCACGGAUGCCUCAGGGAACAGCAGUGAUGGACAGGCUGAAUUGAGGCAGAGUAUGGAAACACUGCUUGUCGAGGUGUCAAAUGAAAAGGGAGAGAAGAACUCCCAUGAAGUGCCAGAUGGAGAGGCUCCUGUCACAACAGAGGUAGUUGUCAGCACUGCCGGGGGGAUGGAAAGGCCAAAAACUAAAGGACCAGGCCAGCCACACAUCGAGAGUGGAAAGCAUGGGGCUGGGCUCAAAUCUCGCCUUCCUAUUCCCCUGAGACUCAGAGGGGAGACUGGCAGCAGCAGCAGCAGCAGGCAGUCUCCUAGACCUGAUGACCUGAGAACUGACGCACUUCCAUACCCUCAUUCGGAUGAUGUGUUUGGGUCUGAUCAGCAAUUGCACGCAGAUGCGGACUUCUCAAUAUCUCCACAGCAAAGCACUUCCACUGCACAGAAUAGCAGUGGUUCAGCAGGGUUGGACAACACCCAGGCUGACUCUGUGCUUUUCGCUCAGCUGGAGCUCCUCCACCAGGAGUGUCAGGAGAAAGAAGCCCUGAUCAACAAGCUCAGUGAGCAGCUUGCUGAUUGGGAAGAGCUCCACACUCAGCUUCAGGAAAAGGAACAGCUUAAUCACCAGUAUGUUGAGGCCCUACAGGCUGCGGAAUCAACUAUUGCUUACCUGACUGCCUGCAGUCUGGACAACCAGGGAGGAUUUGGGUCACACACCAGUUUGGGUGGAGGUUCUGGUUCUGUGGGUUCAGAUGCUGCCCUCCACAGUCGAUGCAUGGAGCUGCAGAAAGCCCUACAGGACAAGGAGGAGACUAACAACCAGCUUAUUGAGCUUGUGAACAUGGCAGAGAAAGCCAUCACCUGCUCCAACAGCCAGGAAAAGAAUCCAGAAAUCAGGGAUCUUUGCUUACAGAUAGAUGGGGCCCUACAGCAGGUAAAAGCAUCCUCCAACAGAGACAGCCCAAGAGGUGUUUCUGGAGGCACUAACGCCUCAAUGCAGGAGAUGCAACGGCAAACAGACUCUUUGCAGGAGGCACUUUGGGAGCAGAACAGGCUCAAUGCAGAGCUGAGGGAGAAACUGAGGGAUGCAGAACAGGGCUACAACAGUAACAGUGCUGGCCAGGAUGGUAAACGUUCAAGGCAGAUAGCAGAGAAGGGCUCAGAGGAACACAAUGGGGCAAUGGGAAGUUCUGGUGACACUAGUUUAACUCAGGAUUUGACAGAAGCUGUAAUGAACUGCCUUAGUGCAACUGAGUGUGCCAUUGCCUCUCUAGCAGAACACUGUACAAAUCCUGGCUCCCUGACUUCUGCUAGAUCAUCACAGAUCAGCUCUGACCUGCAGAUGAAUUUAAGCAAACUUCAGAGAGCCCUGCAAGAGAGGGAAGAACUGGGAGAAUCCACCAAGAUAAAAACAACCAAAUCCAGCAGCAACUGUUCCACCGCUGCAGCUGGAACCAAGGGACAACUUACCAGAGACCUCCAUCAAAAUCUCUGUCUCCUCUGCAAGGUCUUCACUGAUCUCUCUCACAGGAUUUCUGAAAUGAAGACUUCUUUAAAAGAAGAGAAAGGCCGUAGAGAGGAGUGCGAGUCCCACAGGACAGUGCAGGAUGGAAAGGGAUUACCACCAAAUGUUCAGGCCCAGCUAGAGUCUCUCCACAAGGCACUGAGAGAGAAGAAGAAAGCAUGUAAAAGCCUGGAGGAGAAACUAGCCACCGCUCUUACCGAUACAACCUCCCCUCAAACUGCACGGAAAGCUCUGGAGCAGGAUGACAAAGGCGUGCAGGUGGAUUUGCAAGACCUGGGUUACGAAACCAGUGGAAAGAGUGAGAACGAUAGGGAAGAGAGCAGUAGCACAGAUCUAGAGGUUGGCGUGAACCCGAGUUGUAGUGCCUCUAGCCUGCCUUCCCUGCUGAAGCACGAACAGGCCACCUUCUCCUCCACUGAAAACCUGGACUCAACCUCAAGCACACCAUAUCCAAGUUCCCCAGCUCUCAGCUCAGCCAUGGUCAGUCUGAAAAGCCUUCAGGUCUAUGACGAGUACGGUGUUUCUGAAAAUCCUCUCCAGCUUCAGGGACAAGUGAGAGAGCUGAAGGUCCAGCUGGAAAACCAGACCAAACUCAUCCUCCAAAUGCAAAACCUUCUGCGUAGGAACUCCCUCUCCAGUGACCUUAUUGCCAACGCCUCUGACCACUCCGCUGUCAUCAGGGAUCAAGAAGGGACACGGAAAGAGGAGCGUUGCCAGGAUAGUAGCUACAGAACUGUGCAGCAAAGGGAGAAAAAGGAGGGAGAGAACCAGGCGAUGAAGGAUAAAACCAGCCGUCUGAAUGUGGACCAGGAAGGAGAGAGGACACUGAACAAAAGCAUUACCGAACAUCUGCCACAGACCCGCAGCUGCUCGACAUCACCUGCUCGACUGGACUCUCUGGUGCAGUCCCAAGCCAGGGAGCUGUCACAACUGAGGCACCAGAUCAAGGAGAGCCGGGGACUGGGAGCCCUGCAGCGCCGACAGCUGGAGGAGCUGAGCAAUGCCUUCAAGGAGCUGCUGCAGGCCAGCAAAGUCGACUUCUACAUGGGGGAGGUGGUCAAAGAGCAGCUGGACAAGAGCCUGAAUCUGCUGGACAGGCUGGAGGGACGGCUGGACAAAGGAGACUCUCAUCUGGAUAAUGAGGAUGUGGCGGCUCUGGAACUGUCUCGCAGGUUGGCUAAAGAGCUGCAGGAGAAGAACCGUGUCAUCCAGGCCCUGCAGAGCCAGAUCAGAAGCCAAAGUCCCAGCAGCCACCACAGCUCUCACUCUGACCUGUACCACUCUGACAGGACCUCUUCCUACUGCCAUAGCCCACAAGGUGGCAGUCGAUCUCCAAGCCAGCGACACUCCUCUGAUUGGAUGGGAGCAGCUGUUCCACCUGUAGGUGGAGCUCAGGUGGAAGGUUUGUCCAGUCACAGGGGGGGUGCCAGCAGACUGCAGGGCCUGCAGAGGGAGAACGGGCGACUGCAGGAGCAGCUGAGAGGCAAAGAGGAGCUCAACUCCACCCUGCGCACUGAGCUGGAGCUGCAUCGAUCUAUUAUUUCCCAAAACAGCCCGUUCCAUCAGAAACAGGAUCAGGGCCAGGACAGGCAGGGGUCAGGGCCUCACACAGAAGCUCAUAAAGUCGACACUGCCCCAAAGACUUCUCACGAGCAGCACAGCACGAUGAACUCAGACCUGCUGGCAGAACAUCUGCAGGAGAUUCGAGCUCUGCGACAACGUCUGGAGGAGAGCAUCUGCACCAACGACCGUCUCAGGGAGCAGCUGGAGAGGAGACUGGCCGAGGUGGAGAAAGACCCAGCAGCCACCAACAUCUUCAUCCAUGGCAAUGAGGAGCCGGGGCAUCUGGCCAAUGAAGUGCGAUUUCUCAGGGGACAAAACCAAGCCCUGAAGGAAGAGCUCAACCAGGGGUCUCGAGACAAGCAGAGGGAGAACGAGAAGCUACGCGAGUCUCUGGCCAGACGGACGGCCAAACUGGAGCAGAGCAAGAAGGAGUCUGAAGCACUGAGGCAGGAAAACAACCGACUUCAGGAGAGGCUGGAGCACAUUAGCCAAGAAAACUCAGAGCUGCAGGAUUCACUGCACUACAGCAAAGAGGAGCUGCAUAGGUUGCAGUGUGAGGUGAAGCUCCAGAGGCAGCAGCUGUCUGACUGCCAGCAUCUCCUCCAGUCACUGCGAGUGGAGCUGCAAGUUCAUGAAAAGAUCGAGACUGAUAAUCAUAAACACAACGCAGAAUCCAGUGAGACAAACCAGGAGCCACUUCCUGUCCCGUCCUCCGGCUCCGUGGACCUGAGCGAGCUGCUGACGGAGAUCCGACACCUGCGGCUGCAGCUGGAGCGGAGCAUCCAGACCAACACGGCUCUGAGGCAGCGACUGGAGGAGCAGCUGCUCCGAGGACCCAACCGCUCGGAAACCAUCAACAUCAACUACCUGCUGUCUUCUCCAGAUGAAGGGAACAGGUCACCGGGUCAUGAAGGCUGUGAUCUCCAUCACUCAUUUCAGUCUCACAACGAACGUACCAAUGUCCUGGAUGAGAAGCGUCGUGCUCGUUCAGACGUGGACGGCGGCUCCUUCAGCAGCAGCUCUGGUGAGUCCUGCGCUCUGUCCCGUCUGGUGCCGGGUCACAGGAUGUGGGCCAAUCGCAGCGGCCGCCACGUCUUAGGUCUGAUCGAGGACUACAACGCCCUGAGGAAGCAGAUCUCAGACGGUCGUAAGCUGUCGCGCAGCAUGGACUCACAACUGCAGGAGUGUCUGCACACAGUCAGGCAGCAGGGCUCUGACAACAAGGUGAUGGAACAGCAGCAUCUGAAGGGUUUGACCAGCAGCACGAACACCAUGCAGCAUGUGUUGGAGGAGGCCGGUCGACUGCUCAAACUGGUUUGGAGAGUCUCUCUGCCAGCUGGGAACACAGCAGGGGACAGCGGCAGCAACCAGCAGCAGGACGAGCUGUUGAAAAACGAGAUCGCCCGACUGAAAAGCCGUCUGUCGCAGCAGGAGCGGCUGCUGAGUGGAGCCGUGAAGCGCCUCCGCAGCACCAACCACCUCAAAGAGGGAAUGGAGCGGGUCAUCAUCGACCAGCUGUCUCUAACUCAUGGAGUGUUGAAGAAAGCCAGGGGGAACCUAGAGGAGGUUCCAGUCACUGGCCAGUAGGGGGCACUAGAGAGCCUGAGCGGAGGAGUGCAACCGUUUCCAGAAUCACUGCAGGAAGACACUCGGAGUCCUCAGAUGAUACCUCUCUGCACUGCAGCUUCUAAACCUGCUGGUUCAUCUGCUUCCUGCUCAUCAGGCGUCAUCCUGCUGUAAACAGUCACCUUACUCUCCAGAUGUCAAAGCCUUUUUCUAUCUUAUUUGCACAAAACCCGCCUAUAAGUUGAUUUAUAUUUAGGUACUGAAGUUGUAAAAGUUUUUAUCGUCAAAGAAAAUGCCUUUGUAAAUAGUGUUUCCUGCAUUUUAAAAUGUUUUCUUUUAUAUGAUGUUAUGAGAACAGGAAAUGUAUUUUAUUACUCUUUGUUUUUGCCUGACAGUUUAUGUAUGGGAUGGUUCGGGCGACUGUCAUGAGAAAGAAUCUUUUGCAAAUGCAGUAAAGAAAAAGGUUGAAACCCA